GUGAGUCACGGAGGCCCCCAGGCGCCUGGGCGAAGGAGCUCUCGUCUGGGAGGAGACACUAGAAACUCCCAGGCGGGUCCGUUUGCUUUUCUUCUUCUCUGUCCUUCUACGGAGAGAGGGAGGGAGCACUGAGUAAAAGCCUGGGGCAAAGUCUCAUUUAGAGAAACCAGAGGAGGCCGAGAGCCUCAGAUUUAGGAGAGUUAAAGAUUUAAGGCCUCAGAAGCAGAAAGAAACGAACUCUGAGGUGCAAAGACAGAAUGAGGGACUCAGGCACAGUAGACAAGACAGAAAGAGCCAUGAUGGACCGGGAGAUGUGAGGGUACAAAUGAUGGCACAUAAAAGGAGACAGAAGCAAAGGCCCAACGAAAGACAUGGAAAGACCAGGGAAAGAUGGAGGCAAAAAUUAAUUCCGAGACUAAGAGACCAGGAGACAUUUACAAAGUUUCAAUCAAAAGUAGUAGUCACUAGGAUAGACAGAAGACUGACACAGGAAGGCAAAAACAAAUAGACUUGGAAAUAAACAUAGGGAGACAGACUCUGAAACUUAGUAGAUAGAGAGACUCAAGAGUAGAGACAGACUUGGAAAUAGACGAAGGGAAACAGAUAAGAGACUUAGAAAUAAAAAUACUCAGAGACCCAAAGAUAAACAUUGACAAGAAAUAGACACAUAAGUAUAUGAUCACAGUUUCAGAGGCAGAAGGGAUGAGGAAACAUCUACAAUACUUGCUCAAGGUCACACAUAAAAAAUGGCAAAAUCAGGACUCAAAUUCAGGUCUUUCGACACAAAUCCAGACCUCUUUUGAAUGUACCAGGACAGAAAGAAACUUGAGACCGAUUUGGUGAGGCAGCGAAACAAGCAGAUUCCAAAUUAUUCAAUCUUGAUUUUGGAAAGAACUUCAAAGGUCAUCUAAGCCCAACUUCCCAAUGUAGGAAUCUCCUCUGGUUGCAUCACCAAGACAGGUGUUCAGUAAGCCUAUAUUUGAACUUAAACAUUGGGAGAAGGAAAAAGAGAUACUGGGCAAACUUCAGAUGGACAUAGAUACUAAGGGACAGAGAGACAGAGGAAGCCAGGAACAGAUUCGGGCAGAGAAAGACAUUCAGAAACAGACUUAACUAAGAAGAAACUAAUAGAAAAGAAAAAAAAAAUAGAGCAGAAAGAGACUAACAGAGAGACACAGACAAGGACCCAGAGACGAGAUUCCAAUGGAGAUACAAGGAGACAGACGAAAAUAGAGAGGAAAAAAGACAGAGGCUGAUCAAGAAAGAGACAGGAAGAUUGAGGCCCACAAAGGUCUGUGUUUAAGUUUGCACACUGUGUAGGAGGUACAGGGUUCCUUUCCUUUGAGAACUGAUCCUUGAGGGAGGAGAGAUCAUCAGCUUUAAGAAACCUAAGAAGAUAGACCUUUUGAACUCCAGUGGUUGGUAGAAACCUAUAUUCAUACUGAGGCCCUUGGGCCAAAUCCUGAUCCCUCCCAAUUUCCCCUUAAGACCCACUGCCGACGUGCCUCUUUACCAGGAGGUAUGUGGAUGAGUGUAACUUCCCCUCCCCCAAGACCCCUCAGCAGUCUGUGCAUGAAGGGGUAGAGGCUCAUGUUACCCAUUUGCCCUUUUCUAAAGGUUCAUCUUUAACCUUUGCUGCUGGAAAUUCAACCCAGGCAAUGGUCCACAGCCAUGGCAAUGCAGAAGAUUUUUGCAAGAGAAAUCCUAGAUUCUAGGGGGAACCCCACAGUGGAGGUGGAUCUAUACACAGCCAAAGGCCGAUUCAGAGCUGCUGUACCCAGUGGGGCCUCCACUGGGAUUUAUGAAGCUCUGGAGCUGAGAGAUGGAGAUAAAAGCAGAUACCUGGGGAAAGGGGUGCUGAAGGCUGUGGAACACAUCAAUAAGACUUUGGCCCCUGCUUUACUGGAGAAGAAAUUGAGUGUUGUGGAUCAAGAAAAAGUUGAUAAAUUCAUGAUUGAACUUGAUGGGACAGAGAACAAAUCCAAGUUUGGGGCCAAUGCCAUCCUGGGUGUGUCUCUGGCUGUAUGUAAGGCAGGAGCAGCAGAGAAGGGAGUACCCCUCUACAGACACAUCGCGGAUCUUGCUGGGAAUCCAGACCUUGUGCUGCCAGUACCGGCCUUCAAUGUAAUCAAUGGGGGAUCCCAUGCUGGAAACAAAUUGGCCAUGCAGGAGUUCAUGAUCCUGCCCGUGGGGGCUUCAUCGUUCAGAGAGGCGAUGCGUAUUGGGGCUGAAGUCUACCACCAUCUAAAGGGUGUCAUCAAGGCUAAGUACGGGAAGGAUGCCACAAAUGUAGGCGAUGAGGGUGGGUUUGCCCCCAACAUCUUGGAGAACAAUGAAGCCUUGGAGUUGCUGAAAACAGCCAUCCAGGCAGCUGGUUACCCAGACAAGGUGGUGAUUGGCAUGGAUGUUGCUGCCUCUGAGUUCUAUAGAAGUGGGAAAUAUGAUCUUGACUUCAAAUCCCCUGAUGAUCCUGCCCGGUACAUCUCUGGGGAGAAGCUCGGGGAGCUAUAUAAGAGCUUCAUCAAGAACUACCCUGUGGUUUCCAUUGAGGACCCCUUUGACCAGGAUGACUGGGCCACAUGGACUUCAUUUCUUUCUGGAGUUAACAUCCAGAUUGUGGGUGAUGACCUCACUGUCACCAACCCCAAGCGCAUUGCCCAAGCUGUAGAAAAGCGAGCCUGUAACUGCCUCUUACUGAAAGUCAACCAGAUUGGCUCUGUCACCGAAUCCAUCCAGGCUUGCAAACUGGCACAGACUAAUGGCUGGGGAGUGAUGGUUAGCCACCGAUCUGGAGAAACAGAAGACACCUUCAUAGCUGAUUUGGUGGUGGGACUCUGCACUGGCCAGAUCAAGACCGGGGCCCCUUGUCGUUCUGAACGGCUGGCCAAAUACAAUCAGCUCAUGAGGAUUGAGGAGGCUCUUGGAGACAAGGCUGUCUUUGCUGGGCGGAAGUUCCGUAACCCCAAGGCCAAGUAAAUGGAGGGCACCAUGUCCUAGAUCAACAGAGGCAUCUGAGUUCAUCACUGUCUCUACCACUCCUCUCAAUAAAGCACUUUGGACAGCAAGAAUGACUAGGGCAUCAUGGUUUGGGAUCAGAAAAGGACAUCUUAGCCUCAGGGAGAGGACAGGAGAAAGGGACAUCCGUGUUGAAAAGGGAAUAGCAGCACCGUGGAAUAAAAACACCACAGACUUGUAGGCAGCAGACUUGAGGGUGAAGGUCUAUAUGACCUUCCCCUUUUUCAGUCUGUUUCCUCAUUUAUAAAAUGGAGGUAAUAAUAUUUGUACCAUCUACCUUCUGGGGCUGUUGUGAAAAUCA